CACAAACAUUGUGCAUUGGUACCAUAGAACAGGAGACACAUACCCAGAAAUGGCUUCUCAUCUCUCCCUCUCCCUCCUCCUCCUCAUCUUCUCCAGACUCUCAGUUGUGUCUACAGGUGCUUAUCGUGUGUCUGUGAAGACAGGAGGCUCCUCCACCAUCCCAUGUCCCUAUCAUCAGGAAUACAAAACCCAUGUGAAAUAUUGGUGUAAAGGAGAUUAUUUCAAUAGUUGCUCUCCUGUUGUACACACUUACCUUCCUAAGAGCACAACUAAGGCCUCAAUCUCUGAUGACAUCAACCAGCUAACCUUCACUGUGACCAUGACUGAUCUGGGGAGUGAGGACUCUGGUCAUUACUGGUGUGCUGUGGUGAUCAAUGGCCUACAACAUGUCGGGACAAAUUGGUUCCACCUAUCUGUCACUCCAGGUACUCCAGAACUCUAUGUGGACCAACAGGAGGUGACUGGAGUUGAAGGAGGGAGUGUCAUUGUAAAUUGUUACUAUGGUGACAUUGGACAUAUGAAGUGGUGCAGGAUUGGGGGCAGUGUCUCAUGUGUCUGGUGGAAUUCUGGGACUAUAGAUGGAACAUCAGUGACCCUACAGCAGACCACUGAUGCCACCAGAAGAAACAUCUUAACGGUGACUAUGAGUGGUCUGAAGAUGGAAAACACUGGCUGGUACAGUUGUGAAGUGGGAUACUUUAUAAUGCCUGUUCACAUCACUGUCAGACGACAAACCACCACACAAAGUACCACCACUAUGACCACAACCCAAGCUCCAACCACUGAACAAUCCUCUUUCUCUCCAACUGCUGAGCCUGUUCAGACUGACAACACAGUCCAAGGACCUGAGAGGGGCAAGGAGAAGGACACCAUGAGUUCCAUAGAUCUAAAAGUCCUACUGAUUCCUCUGGGCAUGUUGGUGUUGGUGAUAGCUGGUGUCCUAGUCACAUGGAAGAUGUGGAGAAAGCAUAAGGACAAUAAGGCCAUGGACCAGACAACAAACACCUCAUUGGACCCAUUUCCUGCCAAUGGUGAUGAUGUGACUUACAGCACUGUUGUCCCCAAGAGGAGGAACCAGCUAAAUGUACAGACCAAGCAACCCAAGCUCCAACCACUGAACAAUCCUCUUUCUCUCCAACUGCUGAGCCUGUUCAGACUGACAACACAGUCCAAGGUUCUGAGAGGGGCAAGGAGAAGGACACCAUGA